AUGGCUAACAAAGGUCCAUCCUACGGCAUGAGCCGGCAGGUCCAGGAAAAGAUCGACAGCAAGUAUGACCCUGAGCUGGAGCUGAUCCUGGUGGAGUGGAUCAGCCGUCAGUGUGGCUCUGGUGUGGGAAAACCAGAGGCCGGCAAAACGGGGUUCCAGGCCUGGCUGAAAGACGGCUCUGUGAGUGCAGCUUGUUUGGCCCUCUAAAUGCUGCGAUGACUGAAGGUUGAGGAUCGUUUUUCAUGCAUGUCUGUCUGUUUUUCCCCCUCAGGUCCUGGGCGAGCUGAUCAACAGUUUGUUUCCUGAUAACAAACCUGUGAAGAAGACCCAGGGCUCGACUAUGGCCUUCAAACAGAUGGAGCAGAUCUCACAGUUUCUCAGCGCUGCAGAGUUGUAUGGCGUCACCAAGACUGACAUGUUCCAGACUGUGGACCUUUGGGAAGGUUAGAGGAUCUCUAUUCCUCGAACUGAGUCCUGAGUUUUCAAGAAAGAAAAAAAGAGUUGGAGUAGAGAGCAUGCCACAAACCCACCUGUUAUUUAAAUCAACCAUGCCUCCAUUAUGAUUCCCAUUUUUAAAUCACAUGUUUAAAGUUCUAUUAUUUUUGAAUCCCCAAACUGUUUGUGAGCUGAUUUAUUUUUAUUUUUUUAUCAUGUAGUGCCAAAGAAAUAUAAACAAAACAGUGCAAAACAAAGAGAGCACUGUACUAAAACAUAGGUCUCGUACAUUUCUCUGUGUGUUAUUAACAAUGAUUCUCUGUGUUGUAAGUAAGUCCAGGGAUCCUUCGUUGAUGCAACAGCAUUUGAACUUUUUAGGAGUUCCAGUUUAGUUGCAACAGGUCAUCAAUGUCUAAAGCUUUUGUCCCUUAUGAUUGGUCUUAACAUGCUGACCCAAGGACAUCCCUCUUUUCACACUCUUGACCAUCCAUCCUAGUUGAUGGUGUAUUAGAGGGGAAAAUUAGUGCAAAAAUACAAAAUUGCACAUGCAUAGAAACAUGGUAUCGUGUAGGUAAGAUAAAAAUGUUAUGGUUGACUUUAAUGAUGAUGCUCUAUGUGUGCACCUGGACAGGUAAGGACUUGGCGGCCGUGCAGAGGACCCUGUCAGCUCUGGGUAGCUUGGCCGUCACAAAGGAUGAGGGCACAUACAAUGGAGAUCCCAACUGGUUCUUCAAGUGAGUCUGAAGCAUGAAAUGAAACGUGGAGAAGGUGAUAAAACACUUGAAAUCAGCUCAAAUGAUAUUUCAUUAAUGCUUUGCAGGAAAGCUCAGGAGAACAAACGAGAUUUCUCUGAUGACCAGCUCAAAGCAGGCAAAAACGUGAUCGGUCUACAGAUGGGGUCCAACAAAGGAGCCAGUCAGGAGGGCAUGAGCUACGGCAGACCCCGACAGAUCCUGUAA